AUGGAUGAUUACAUAAUGUCCCCAGCCCAGGCCUCAGCUCUAAUUAGAGCAGCGUUCAUCAGGCAGGCCAGGACAACAAAGGGCCUGUGGACAUUCCCCUCUGCUGGAGCGCAUGGGCCUUUGUUCUACACGGGCUCGGGCUGGUUCUGGGAGCCUCUACACCGCCCCGCGCUGACUCUGAGGCCUGCGCUGUGGAGAGACGCUGCUGCAGCUGAUGGAGGGCUGACCCAUCCUGGACUGAAGACCUUCGGGACCAAAGACCUACGGGACUGGAGACCUACGGGACUGGAGACCUACGGGACUGAAGACCUACGGGACUGGAGACCUACGGGACUGAAGACCUACGGGACUGGAGACCUACGGGACAGGAGACCAACACUUUGGGAUUGUCAGGGUUGGCUGCAGACUGGCCCGGGACAGAGCAGAGGCAGUAUGGGGCGUGUGAGUGAGGUGGAGGUGAGCGAGGACGAGCUGGAGUGUAAGAUCUGCUACAGUCACUACGACCUGUUCACUCACCGACCGAAGCUGCUGGAGUGCUGCCACACACUGUGCUCCAAGUGUCUGCGCAAGAUUGUGGACGUGGGCGACGCUUUCCCCAGAGAAGCUGUGUGUCCGUUCUGCCGUUACCCCACCAGCCUGAGGGGCAAUUCUGUGAGCGAUCUGCCCGACAACCUCCACCUGCUGUCUGCGCUGAGCAUGCACCCCCCCGCCCAGAGAAAUAUACAGGUGACCACAGAGCUGCUUCUCAGUCCCCACGCUCUCACGUCUCUGGUGGGACACAACUCUACCCUGGCCCCCUCCCUGUCCUCCAGCUCGUCCAGUGGAACCUUCUCAUCCCUGGGCAGCUCUCCAGGCUUUGUACUCAUCACCAUCAUGGAACCCCGUCCCCUCCCACGCCUGGCCUCCAGCCUGGACUCACUGGUGUCCAUGUCUCGUGGCUGGGCUGCACUGCUGUGGCGUGGCUGGGCGCGUGUGCUGCUGUGGGCGCUGGGACUAGUGUACUUCAGCUCUCUGCCUGUAGGGGUGUACCUGCUGCUGCUGCACAGACCCACCAUGGGCGUCCUCAUGGUGAGCCUGGUGCCCGCCAGCCUGGCACUGGUCAUGGGAUACGGCCUGUGCCAGUGUGUGUGGCACGAACUCAGGCACUGCCUCUCUGACGACUCCAGCAGUUUGAACAUCUGA